ACCUCCUGCUUUAGAAUGGCUGCAACAAAAGUGUUGAUCGUGUAUGCCCACCAGAGCUCUGCCUCGUUCAACGCUGCAGCCAAAGAUGCCGCAGUAGAAGUUUUAGCUGCUCAUGGCUGCACAGUAGAAGUAUCAGACCUGUAUGCCAUGAAGUUUAAAGCACCUGCUACUGCUGAGGACAUCACUGGAGACGUUAAGAAUGGUGAACACUUCUGCUAUGCGGAGGAGACUAAACUUGCAUGGGAGGAAGGAAAACUGUGUGCUGACAUCACUGAGGAACAACGUAAACUCACUCAGGCUGACCUCAUCAUCUUUCAGUUCCCCAUGUACUGGUUCACUGUUCCUGCAAUCAUGAAGGGCUGGAUCGAC